UGAGUUAUUAAUGUGUCAAACUAAAAGCUCUGUGGCCGCUGCGUCACUGACGAAACGCCACAAAGCUCUGCCGGUGAAGUUCUCUACAAUGGCCGAUUCUAGUAACAGAAGAGAUCCUAUUAAGUCCUCAGUUGGAAAUGCUGCGGCUACUAGGAGGCGGCAGCAUGCCGUCACAGUUGCGAAAGAAAGGAGAGAAUCGCUGAUGCGCGCCAAGAGACUUUGUAGGGUUGGAAUUGGUGGUGCUGAUGGCGACGGCGAAGUUUCUCUUGACAGUGACAUGUGGAUUGGGGAAGAGCAAUCCGUUUUGGAGUCUCAAACUUCCUUGGCGGUGGAAAAUUUGAAAUCUGCGCUGGCUUUUCAGGGCAAGGGUGCAGUGCAGAAGAGAGUGGGCGCCCUUCAAGAAUUAAGGCGUUUGCUAUCAAGAUCUGAAUUUCCUCCGGUUGAGUCUGCUCUCAAAGCUGGAGCUGUAGCCAUGCUUGUGCAAUGUCUUUCAUUUGGUUCCCCAGAUGAACAGUUGCUUGAGGCAGCUUGGUGUCUCACAAAUAUUGCUGCUGGGGAUCCAGAAGAAACAAAAGCUUUGUUGCCUGCAUUGCCUUUGCUUAUUGCUCAUCUUGGGGAAAAAAGCUCCCCACCUGUUGCGGAACAGUGUGCUUGGGCACUAGGAAAUGUGGCCGGUGAAGGUGAAGAGUUGAGAAAUAUUCUACUUAUUCAAGGGGCCUUACUACCUCUUGCAAGAAUGAUGCUACCAAACAGAGGUUCAACUGUUAGAACCGCUGCCUGGGCUUUGUCUAACCUAAUCAAGGGCCCAGAUCCUAAAGCUGCUACAGAACUCAUUCGUGUUGAAGGAGUAUUGGAUGCAAUCAUUCGACACUUGAAGAGAGCGGAUGAUGAAUUAGCCACAGAAGUAGCAUGGGUAGUUGUUUAUCUAUCAGCACUUUCAAAUGUAGCUACUGGCAUACUGGGGAAGAGUGACAUACUUGAAUUGCUUGUAAAUAGAUUAGCAACAUCAAACAGUUUGCAAUUACUGAUUCCGGUUUUGCGAAGUUUAGGCAAUCUCAUUGCUGGGGAUUCCCAUGCAACUUAUGUUAUUCUCAUACCUGGACGUGAAAUUACAGAUAAUGCCACAGGAGUCCUGGUAAAAUGUCUAAAUAGUGAAAACAGAGUCUUAAAAAAGGAAGCAGCGUGGGUGCUGUCUAAUAUAGCUGCUGGUUCUAUUGAGCAUAAGCAGUUAAUAUAUUCAAGUGAGGCAGUGCCUUUUCUAUUGCACCUUCUUUCUGAUGCUCCCUUUGAUAUAAGAAAGGAAGUGGCUUAUGUAUUGGGUAACCUUUGUGUUGCUCCAACUAAAGGUGACGACAAGCCAAGUCUGAUCUUGGAGCACCUGGUUUCACUUGUUGAUAAAGGAUGUUUGCCAGGUUUUAUUGAUUUAGUUAGAUCUGCUGAUAUUGAAGCUGCAAGGCUAGGACUACAGUUCAUAGAGCUGGUCCUGAGGGGGAUGCCAAAUGGUGAGGGCCCAAAGCUUGUAGAACAAGAAGAUGGGAUUGAAGCCAUGGAAAGAUUUCAGUUUCAUGAAAAUGAAGAUCUGAGAACUAUGGCGAAUAGUCUUGUCGACCAGUAUUUUGGAGAGGACUACGGGCUUGAUGAGCAGUAGGGGUCAGACUGGUGGGAUUGAUAGUCAUUUUGGUCAUUAAAAUGCAUGCCCUGCCUCAUCUGCAUGUCAAAUAUGGAGCAAUUUAAGUCACCGUCGUUGCUGAUUGAUGAACACUCCAAGUUCUAUAGAAUCUGUAUCUGGUGUUGAGAUGUUUGAUAAAUUAUCAGGGGCUUGUGGUUAACAUUUUUUUUGGGCCCUGACUCAUCUGCAUGUCAAAGAAAUCAUACACGAUGGACUGAAAUGUAAAUUUUUGUUUUUAGUUCAGUUCCUGUUUUCUGUACGUUAUUAUAGUACCUGAAGAAUAAUAGAGUUACCAGUGAGCGCAAUUUAGUCCCAGAACUCAAGUCGAGGCCUGGCCUGUAGUUUUAGUAAGGUUCCAUUUUAUUAUUAUUUUUUCGUUGUCAAAUACCGUUCUAUUGAGCCUUCAUUCC